CAGGGCUGAGGAUAAAGCCACAGGGCUGGUCAGUCCCCACCUCCAACCCUCAUCCUGGGCACCGGGAAAACUCAUGUGGGAAGCCCCUGACCUUCCUUGCAGCUGGAAAAGGUUUACCAAAGUCCUGUGGUUUAAGUCCAAGUUGGAAUGUGAGGUGAGUCAUGACACCCAAAUGACCCCUAACCCCUGAAGCAGGGCUGUUCAGUCGGGUAAAACUGCACCAGAACUCUGGUGUGGCCGAAGGGGACGGGAAACACCCUCGGGCAGGGGAGGUUGGGUAACCCUGCUCCUUCCUGGGAUCCAGGCUCGUUUCUUAGAAGCUCUUUCUCGUUAUCAGAUGUAUUCACAGCUCUGUCAUUUCACCGGGGGAAGGACACAAACUGCUCUGUGCUUUGUGUCAAAAUAUUGACACAGGCUGAGUGCAGGGAGAGGAGAUUAAGUGGGUGCGGGCAGCAGGGAAGGGCUUCCCUCCUCCCCAUGGAUUGGGAGGUUUCUGGUGGAAAUGGGGCAGUGGCAGGAGGGGACAGGCGAGGGCUGACCACAUCCCUGACCACAUCCCUGCUGAUCUUUGCUCUUCCCUUUGCUCCCUGCAGGAUCUGUCCAAGCCGAGGCAGAUCCACCAAGAUGCGAUGGAGGAGGAAGGGAUGCUGAGGGGUUUCCUGAGCUGCUGCAGGCUCCAAACAUCAUUCCAUGACUUGGAUGGGAAUGGGGGCCCCUGUCAGCAGGGACUGGGGGCUCUGCAGGCACCUGCAGCAGGGGACAGCAGGGCUGCUCCUGCCCAUCCCCGGAACGCCAGCAGCAGGAAUUUCCAUCCGCUCUAAAGGGAGCUGCCACGGAGCCACCAGGGACCAUGUGGGGGCUGGCGCUGGCCCUGCUCUGCCUCCCGCUCGGGGAGGGGACGCUCAGGAUCCCCCUGAGGAGGGGCAGGUCCAUCCGGGAGCUGAUGAGAGAGAAGGGGCUGCCCGAGGGUUUCCUGAACAACCUCAGAGGGGACCCGGGGAGGAAAUACCAGCUUGGUGGUGCUGUGGCUUAUGAACCUCUCAUGAACUACCUGGAUACCUUCUACUUUGGGGAGGUUGGCAUCGGGACCCCUCCCCAGCAUUUCCUGGUGAUCUUCGACACCGGCUCUUCCAACCUGUGGGUUCCCUCCACCUACUGCCAGAGUCCAGCCUGUGAGGAUCACAACAGGUUCAACCACAGCCUGUCAUCCACCUUCCUGGGCAUGGACGUGACCUACACCCUGAGAUACGGGUUCGGGGACCUGUUGGUGGUGCUGGGGUAUGACACGGUGACAAUCCAGAACAUCGUCAUCAGGAACCAGGAGUUUGGCCUGAGCCUGUAUGAGCCCAGCAGACCCUUUUACUACCUGGAUUUUGAUGGGAUUUUGGGCAUGGCUUACCCAGGCGUUGCCAUCAGUGGUUUCAACACACUGAUGCAGAACAUGCUGCAGCAGAACCAGCUCAGUGAACCCAUCUUCAGCUUCUACUUCUCCCGCAACCCAACAUACAGUUACGGUGGGGAAGUCAUCCUGGGGGGGGUUGACCCCCAGCUGUACUCCGGGGAAGUUUUAUGGACUCCUGUGGUCCAGGAAUUGUACUGGAAGAUCAGCAUCGAGGAGUUCUCCAUUGGGUAUUCGGUCACCAGCUGGUGCAGCCAAGGCUGUCAUGGCAUUGUGGACACUGGGACGUUCCUGCUGACCAUCCCAGGGCAGUUCAUGGCAGCCCUGCUGCAGGCGCUGGGCGCAGAGGAGAGCGACUAUGGGUUCCUCGUUGACUGCAGCAGUGUCCCAGACAUGCCCACCCUCUACUUUGCCAUCAGUGGGGCCUGGUUGUCGCUGCCUCCCACUGUCUAUGUCCUAGAGAACAAUGGCAUCUGCACCGUGGGGGUCGAGAGCACUUAUGUGCCCUCUGCCACUGGCCAGCCCCUCUGGAUCCUCGGCAACCUCUUCCUCAGGCAGUAUUACUCCAUCUUCGACAUGGCCAACAACAGGGUUGGCUUUGCCCUGGCAACUUAGGGAUGCUGAGCAUCACCCGUGGCAGAAU